AUGAGUGUAAAAAGAGAUGUAAAGUGUAAACUUGAAAUUGAUGAACCAAAACAAAAAGAAUGUCCUGAAGGAAAAUUUAUUGAUCCUGUCAGUCUUAUGGAAAAGGGCAAAUUCGUAUUCAAGGUUCCACCAGAAGCUCCAGUUUAUAAGCCUACUGCUGAAGAAUUUAAAGAUCCAUUGAAGUAUAUUGCUAAAAUUAGAAGUGAAGCUCAAGAACAUGGAAUUUGUAAAAUUAGACCUCCAUCUAAUUGGCAUCCUCCAUUUUGUGUGGAUGUUGAUAACUUUAAAUUUACACCAAGGAUUCAAAAACUAAAUGAACUCGAUGCAAGUACUAGAGUUAAACUCAAUUUCUUGGAAAAAAUUGCCAAGUAUUGGCAUUUACAAGGGAUUCGUAUUAAAAUACCAGUAUUAGAACAAAGAGCUGUAGAUUUAUAUUCUCUUUAUAAAAUUGUAGAAUUUGAAGGCGGUUUUGAUGAAGUAUGUUUGGCAAAAAAAUGGGGAAAAGUAGCAAGUCGUAUGGGUUAUGUUUGUGAAAAAACUUCUGGUACGGUUUUAAAAAGUCAUCAUGAAAGGUGGCUUAAUCCAUUUUCACUUUUUCACGCCACCAUUAAAGAUGAAAUUUAUAACAAACCAAUAAAAAGAGAAAGUAAAAUUGUAAAUAUUAAAGAAGAAAGUUCUUCUGUUUCAAAUUCGCCUACUAAACGAGCUAGGCUCAGCCCAGAUGAUGAGAAUGAAUCUGAUGAUUAUAUUAAGGAUCCAUUUUAUCUUAUGGAAAAUAAAGAAUUAAGAAAAUUACAAUUUUUCGGGGCCGGUCCUAAGAUGGCUGGGUUUAGUUCCAAGUGUAGAAUAGGACAUUUAAAGUCAAAAGAUUCUAAAAAGUCUAAAAAGAGAAGUAAACCUGCCGUAGAUUAUUUGGAUAAAUAUUAUUGCCAAAAAUGUGGAAGUGGUAAAUCUGAAGAAACUAUUUUAAUUUGUGAUGGCUGUGAUUUAAGUUUCCACAUGCAAUGUUUAAUUAUACCAUUAAAUAGUGUUCCCAAGGGUGAAUGGAGAUGUCAUAAAUGUGUGAUCAAUGAAGUUAUCAAGCCUAGUGAUGCUUUUGGAUUUGAACAAGCUCAGCGUGAGUACACACUUCAACAAUUUGGAGAAAUGGCAGAUCAAUUUAAAUCUAAAUAUUUCAACAUGCCAGUUCAUCUUGUGCCUACAAGCAAAGUUGAACAGGAGUAUUGGAAAAUUGUUUCAUCUAUUGAUUCCACAGUAAUUGCAGAAUAUGGUGCUGAUUUACACACUAUGGAUCAUGGAUCAGGAUUCCCUACAGGUCUUGCGCUUUGUGGAAAUGAAGAUAAUACUUUUUACAAGUCAUACAUAGAAGAUCGUUGGAAUUUAAAUAAUAUACCAAUACUUAAAGACUCUGUUCUUAGUUUUAUUAAUGCUGAUAUAUCUGGUAUGAAAAUUCCAUGGAUGUAUGUUGGAAUGUGUUUUUCCACAUUUUGCUGGCAUAAUGAAGAUCAUUGGAGCUACUCGAUCAACUAUUUACAUUGGGGAGAACCAAAAACAUGGUAUGGAGUUCCAGGAGCUUAUGCUGAAGCGUUUGAAGAAGUUAUGAAGGAGACAACACCAGAAUUAUUUCAUUCUCAGCCAGAUCUCUUACAUCAGUUGGUUACUAUUCUGAAUCCAAAUAUAUUGAUGAAAGCAAAUGUCCCAAUUUAUCGAACUGAUCAGAAUGCUGGAGAAUUUGUUGUUACUUUUCCUAGAUCUUACCAUACUGGAUUUAAUCAAGGAUAUAAUUUUGCGGAAGCUGUUAAUUUUGCUCCUGCUGAUUGGAUUUCAAUAGGUCGUGAAUGUGUUAACCAUUAUUCCUCUCUCAAACGAAUAUGUGUUUUUUCCCAUGAUGAACUUAUAUGUAAAAUGGUUAACUCUUGUGAUGACUUGGCACCAAAAGCAGCUGAACUCGUAUAUGAUGAUUUGAAUGAAAUGGUGAAAUUUGAAAGAGUUCAACGUAAAGCACUUUUAGAUUGGGGUGUCACUGAAGCGGAUUUUGUUGAAUUUGAACACCAGGUAGAUGACCUUAGACAAUGUAUGCUUUGUAAUACCACUCUAUAUAUAUCUGCUGUAUCUUGUUCAUGUGAUCCAAAAAGACUAGCAUGUCUUCGGCAUUUUAGACAACUUUGUGAUUGUCCUGCACAAAUGCACGUGUUCAAAUAUAGGUACACCCUUGAUGAAUUUCCACCUUUACUGCGAAAGGUUAAAGCUAAAGCUGAACAAGCUUAUGAUGAUUGA